AUGUUAGGUGGUCGCUACAUUAUCAUUAGUCAUAUUGAGACUAACGGAGAAACAGCAGUGUUGUUAAAAGCCAAGGUUUGUGUAAUUACAUUAAACAUUUAUAGCUUUAUGAAUUUGUUCAGUUAAUUUUAUAUAUGCGCCCAGUCAAUUAAAUUUUUAAGUUAAAAGGGUACAAAUCAAUUUGAAAUACUGAUGGUGGAAGAAAUUGUUUCAAUUGAAAGAAAAUAAUUUAUUUUUAUAAAAAAAAGUAUAUUUACUUUCUGCUCACUAAGGUGAUGUGGUUUUCAACACAUAUUUAUUGUAAGAGUUAUUUUUUAGUAUAAUAAUAUUUAACUUUUAUACAGAUGCCAUGGACACUUUAGUUUGUCUCUUUACACUAUUUAUAGUAAUAAGUUUUUAAUAAAAACCUUUAAAACAAAUUUUAAAAUGUUCACAUCUAGGAGUGACUGAACAUCUAUUUAUUAACAAAAUUCCAAUGAUUUAGUAUAUUUAAUUUGAAAUUAAUUAGCAAUUUUAUUUUUCAAAAUUUAGGAUUGUUUUCAUAAGUUCCAUCCAGUAGUAAUCAAGGUAGUUCAUCUGAUGUACAGAUUUGCUGGCCUUCAAGAAGUCCAAACUUUACGUAGACUUAAAACUGCUGAUCCAUGCCAUCUAUCACAUACAAUGGCACUUUUGGUAAACAUAAAUUUCUAA